CCAGGUCGGAGCAACCUGAGUCGUGAAGACGUGCCAAAUCGCGACCUCUAGGAAUCAUGGCGCGCUCGAACUUCAUCGGUCUGAGAGAAAGACCCGCCCUGUUGAUUCGGCCUCCUCCUUCUUUCUCUUUGCAAAUCAAUAUUGCUUUCAUAGAAGCCACUUGGUUCCAACAGCACUCCGCUUUCUCGAGUCGCCGACACUUAUUGAUUUAGUCUACCUGUGCUGAUCAACGACGGCAUCCGCACAACCAUGCUCACCGCGACAUCAUCCGCCAAUCCGUCUCGGUGCACGUCUCCAGGCCUACCACCUCAAACAGCUAGUCCAGUUAUCCCGGGGACCGCAUCACCAACGACACCUGGCAUAACAUCCCACCGCCGCCCUGUAAGCCGCUUCAGAGAACGAGAUGUGGACGGGAUCAGCCAAUGCGAUUCGGUCUUCACCGAUGCGUCGGCUAUGACUAGUGCGACGGAUGCAUCGGCUAGUUCGACGAACUCGUAUUGGUCGAGGAACUUUAAGUUUAGGAGGCAUGGGGGUGGGUCUAUCAGGAGUGCGACAAGCACACGAAGCACCCAAGAACGUCUAACAACCCUAAUCAAAAAGCUAGUACGCACCCUCGGCGUCCACAAAGGCUCAAACACUUCUGAAAGAUACACCGAAGGAACAUCACUAUCCGACUACGAGGCCGCCCGCAUUCCCGGCGCCAGCCCCCAACUUCGUUUAGAUGAUUUCUCCACCCGGCUGGGAUCCACCGCUCAGCGGUACGGGGGUGCUGGGGUGUCGAACAGCCAGCAUUUGGCGUUCAGCUUGGACCGGGAUGGAGAGAGGAAUAGUGUUGAUGGACAUCGGAAUGUGCAUGCGAGGCCGGCGGGCCCUCGACAGUUGCAGAGUGAAGAUGCUGCGGCGAUCUGGUCGAGUGUGAUGAAGACGGCCCACGCAGCACAAGGCAGCGCCCAGAAAGCGGCGUUCCGACAAGUCCUGAAGGAGAGAGACGAAGCGCGUAACGAAUGCCGCCGCCUGAAGUCCGUCAACAAAGGUUCCAAGCGUUCGACCCACACACCACCCGCCCAGAGUCCACCGGCGCUAGCUACUGACGGGCGGGAGAGAGUUCCGCCCGUCAUGUCGCCCGCAGCUCUGUCGAACCGUGUGAAAGUGAUUCAUGCGAGGGUGAAGAAUGUGGUGAAGGAGCUGGAUGAGUGCUUGGAUGGGAAGGGAGUGGAGCUGAUUGCGCCGAUUGAGACGUCAGUGACGGAGGAUGGGGAUUCAAAAGGUGCCAAGGAACCUAGUCUGAGGAAUGUAAGAGAUCAGCUGAGAGUCUUGAUGACGGAAGUGGAGGUGAGUUUCGGAGACCUCGGCCGUCGGAAACACCAGCUUUUCCACUCCGAGUCGCGGGAAAUGCUAACAGUUGAAGGGAUCAUGCAGAAUCUGAAAUCAGCGGUAAGCCCCAAAAACAAAGCCCUGCUCGCAAAGACACCCUCCUCCGAGAAUGUAGAAGUAGUCACAGCGGAGAAACCCGCAACAGAAGCCCAAGGUGACCCUCAUCAUCUCGUUUCUGAAGACCCGCAUCCAUCUCGCUCACGCCAGUCGUCCGCUCACACCCUGGCCAACGGCGAAACCCAACCGACGACCCGACUACCCACCCCGGCAGCCAAAGAGAACGAGCUGAGGAAGAAAUUGGCGGUGGAGGCUGUGGAUCAGCAGGAGAAGAGAAUGAGGAGGCAGAAGAGCGUUAGUGUUACGAAGGAUGAGGGUUCCUCUGCCCCUGUUCCAGAAGGCGAGGGGAUCGAAUCGGACGACGAUAGGCAGCGAGCGACGAGUGAUGGGCCCGAGGGCUCAGCGCACCCACAAAUCGUCUUGGAAGCUACACCCGUCGCCGAGUUGUUACAUGUCCCGGUCGCCGCCGAGAAUUUGUCCUCGCCCGAAUCUCCAACGUUCGCCGAUGAUCUGAGAGGCAAAAUCAACGAGGUCUUUGGAGAGAACAACGUCAGUGAGUUCAAACCCGAUGCUCACGCCGUUAAGACGGUUACGUUGCCGUGUCCUCCUCCACGCCAAAGAUCGAACGAGAAGAAAGAGGAGGUUGUGGAGGACAUCACGGGGAAUGGAGACAUUGCAUGCUGAGAUUACGGUUUGGGCCAAAUCUUCUGCAUCCGUUGUAGAAAGACAAUUGAACAAUGUUUUCCAACCGGGAAAGUGCCGCUCUGAAGAAUUCCGCAAAUAUUGAGCGGGACACUUCUGCAUAUAAUUAUUAAU